UGCACAGGGAUCACGCAUCUUACGGCUUGACGAUCAAGGGGGGAAAGCCUGGGUCCUCAUAGAAAAGGAGAGGAGGCAAAGGAAGCCCAAACUGGGGGGUUUCUCUUCAAAGCCAGCUGGUCUGGCUUUAUUCUACAGGAAUUUUUUUACCUGUCAGAGUUUGGACAACAAAGCCCUCAGCAGGUGCUGACGGGUACAACUUCCUGGAGAAGCAGAAAGGCGCUGGUGCCAAAGAAGAGUUGCAAACUGUGAAGUAACUUCUAUGAAGAGAUGAAGUGAAGAAUGGAAGGCAAAUGACUGUAUGUGUAUGUGCAGGAACGAAUGCAGGAAUUUGGGAACUGAGCAGUGCAAGUGCUGAAGAAGGAGAUUUGUUUGGAGGAAACAGGAAAGAGAAAGAAAAGGAAGGAAAAAAUACAUAAUUUCAGGGACGAGAGAGAGAAGAAAAACGGGGACUAUGGGGAGAAAAAAGAUUCAGAUUACGAGGAUUAUGGAUGAACGUAACAGACAGGUGACAUUUACGAAGAGGAAAUUUGGGUUGAUGAAGAAGGCGUAUGAGCUGAGCGUGCUGUGUGACUGUGAGAUCGCGCUGAUCAUCUUCAACAGUACCAACAAGCUGUUCCAGUACGCCAGCACGGACAUGGACAAGGUGCUGCUCAAGUACACCGAGUACAACGAGCCGCACGAGAGCCGGACGAACUCAGACAUCGUGGAGACGUUGAGAAAGAAGGGCCUUAAUGGCUGUGACAGCCCAGAUCCUGACGCAGACGAUUCAGCCUUGAACAAGAAAGAAAACAAAGGCUGUGAAAGCCCCGAUCCCGACUCCUCUUAUGCACUCACCCCACGCACUGAAGAAAAAUACAAAAAAAUUAAUGAAGAAUUUGAUAAUAUGAUCAAGAGCCAUAAAAUUCCUGCUGUUCCACCCCCCAACUUUGAGAUGCCAGUCUCCAUCCCAGUGUCCAGCCACAACAGUUUGGUAUACAGCAACCCCGUCAGCUCACUGGGGAACCCCAACCUUUUGCCACUGGCCCACCCUUCUCUGCAGAGGAAUAGUAUGUCUCCUGGUGUAACACAUCGACCUCCGAGUGCGGGUAACACAGGUGGUCUGAUGGGUGGAGACCUCACAUCCGGUGCAGGCACCAGUGCAGGGAACGGGUAUGGCAAUCCCCGAAACUCACCAGGUCUGCUGGUCUCACCUGGUAACUUGAACAAGAACAUGCAAGCAAAAUCUCCUCCCCCCAUGAAUUUAGGGAUGAAUAACCGUAAACCAGAUCUCCGAGUUCUUAUUCCACCAGGCAGCAAGAACACGAUGCCAUCAGUGAAUCAAAGGAUAAAUAACUCCCAGUCUGCUCAGUCAUUGGCUACCCCAGUGGUUUCCGUAGCAACUCCUACUUUACCAGGACAAGGGAUGGGAGGAUAUCCAUCAGCCAUUUCAACAACAUAUGGUAACGAGUACUCUCUGAGUAGCGCAGACCUGUCUUCCCUGUCUGGGUUUAACACCGCCAGCGCUCUUCAUCUUGGCUCGGUAACUGGCUGGCAACAACAACACCUACAUAAUAUGCCGCCAUCCGCCCUCAGUCAACUGGGAGCUUGCACUAGCACUCAUUUAUCUCAGAGUUCAAAUCUCUCCCUGCCUUCUACUCAAAGCCUCAACAUCAAGUCAGAACCUGUUUCUCCUCCUAGAGACCGUACCACCACCCCUUCGAGAUACCCACAACACACGCGCCACGAGGCGGGGAGAUCUCCUGUUGACAGCUUGAGCAGCUGUAGCAGUUCGUACGAUGGCAGCGACCGAGAGGAUCACCGGAACGAAUUCCACUCCCCCAUUGGACUCACCAGACCUUCGCCGGACGAAAGGGAAAGUCCCUCAGUCAAGCGCAUGCGACUCUCUGAAGGAUGGGCAACAUGAUCAGAUUAUUACUUAAUAGUUUUUUUUUUUCUUGCAGUGUGUGUGUGUGCUAUACCUUAAUGGGGAAGGGGGGUCGAUAUGCAUUAUAUGUGCUGUGUGUGGAAAAAAAAAGUCAGGUACUCUGUUUUGUAAAAGUACUUUUAAAUUGCCUCAGUGAUACAGUAUAAAGAUAAACAGAAAUGCUGAGAUAAGCUUAGCACUUGAGUUGUACAACAGAACACUUGUACAAAAUAGAUUUUAAGGCUAACUUCUUUUCACUGUUGUGCUCCUUUGCAAAAUGUAUGUUACAAUAGAUAGUGUCAUGUUGCAGGUUCAACGUUAUUUACAUGUAAAUAGACAAAAGGAAACAUUUGCCAAAAGCGGCAGAUCUUUACUGAAAGAGAGAGCAGCUGUUAUGCAACAUAUAGAAAAGUGUAUAGAUGUUUUGGACAGACCCGGCAAAGGGUGGCCACGGUUAAAUGUUAGGAACACAUCAGGUCACCUAACACCCACCCCGAGAACGCUCACAAACCUGCAGGCACAUCCUUGGUGUAUGGCACUCAUGAGAAAGGAUCGACGACCAUUAAAAGAGGACCAUACCUAUUUUUAAAAAUGUGGAGUUUGAGGGCUAACGUAUUUAAUUAAAUAAAUAAAUAAAUCUGGGUCUGCAUCUCUUAUUAAAUAAAAAUAUAAAAAUAUGUACAUUACAUUUUGCUUAUUUUCAUAUAAAAGGUAAGACAGAGUUUGCAAAGCAUUUGUGGCUUUUUGUAGUUUACUUAAGCCAAAAUGUGUUUUUUUCCCCCUUGAUAGCUUCGCUAAUAUUUUAAACAGUCCUGUAAAAAAACCAAAAAGGACUUUUUGUAUAGAAAGCACUACCCUAAGCCAUGAAGAACUCCAUGCUUUGCUAACCAAGAUAACUGUUUUCUCUUUGUAGAAGUUUUGUUUUUGAAAUGUGUAUUUCUAAUUAUAUAAAAUAUUAAGAAUCUUUUAAAAAAUCUGUGAAAUUAACAUGCUUGUGUAUAGCUUUCUAAUAUAUAUAAUAUUAUGGUAAUAGCAGAAGUUUUGUUAUCUUAAUAGCGGGAGGGGGGUAUAUUUGUGCAGUUGCACAUUUGAGUAACUAUUUUCUUUCUGUUUUCUUUUACUCUGCAUACAUUUUAUAAGUUCAAGGUCAGCUGUCAAAAGGAUAACCUGUGGGAUUAGAACAUAUCACAUUGCAACACCCUAAAUUGUUUUUAAUCCAUUAGUAAUCAAUUGGGUCAACUGACAUCCAUUGUAUAUACUAAUUAGUUUCUUUCAUGCUGUUUUUUUUGUUUUUGUUUUUGCAUUUUUAUCAAAUGCAGGGCCCCUUUCUGAUCUCACCAUUUCACCAAGCAUCUUGGAAUUCAGUAAGUGCAUACCCUAAACUUGCCCAUAUCCUAAAUGAUAUGGUUGGUUUUCAGCCUAGAAUUUGAUAACGCUUUUAAGAAAUAUGCCCAGAAUAGAGAGCUGUGUCGGGGCACAUGUCCUGCCAAUAUAGCCCUAGAAACAAGUGAUAUGGAGUUUACUCUAUGCAUGAGUUAUAAAUUCCCACAGAAGAAAAAUGUGAAAGACUGGGUGCUAGAUAAGAAGGAAGCAGGUAAAGGGAUAGUUGCUUCGUCAUCCGUUUUUAAUUAUUUUACCUGACCCUUAACAAUCUUGUCAGCAAUAUAGGACUGUUGAACAAUCCCGGUGUGUCAGGACCCCCAAAUGUCACUUCUGCAUAAAGCAUGUAUGUCAUCUAUUUUUUCUUCAAUAAAGAGAUUUAAUAGCCAUUUCAAGAAAUCCCAUUAAAGAACCUCUCUAUGUCCCUUUUUUUUUAAUUUUCAAGAAAUAAUGAUGACUCUUGUCUAAUAUUCGUCUAUAAGGGAUUAAUUUUCAGACCCUUUAAAAAGUGAGUGCCAUAAAAGAAAGUUGAUAUAUAUUGUUUAAAAGAGAUUUCAGUCUAGGAAUGAUUUUCUCUUGGAAUGUGAAGAUCUGUCGAUUCAUCUCCAGUCAUACACAUUGACAUACACAGCAAAGAAGAUAGACAGUAAGAGCGACACUGCUAUAUCAGGUGUAAGACAUUUCUUAUCCAGUGUUUUCUUUUUCUUGAAUAGUUGCUAUGUGUUUCCCAUUGCAGAAGGCUGCCGCUGGGUGGCAAAAGCCAAGAGACCUUACUAACUAGGCUAUAUUUUUCUUAACUUGAUCUGAAAUCCACAAUUAGACCACAAUGCACCUUUGGUUGUAUCCAUAUAGGAUGCUAGCCUGCCUUGUACUAACGUUUUGUAUACUAAAUCAAACAAAAAAAAAUCAAUCAUUUCAUAUAUCCCACUACUCCAGGUAUCCAUGGAACAUGAAAGAAAAACAUUUAUGCAGAGGAAAAACAGAAAAUCAUCCCUGAAAACACACACACACACACACACACACACAUUCACACAUAGGGGGAAAAAAAACUGAGAAAAUCAUUUUCCUCGCCAUAAAUUUGAUCCCAUUCUUACAACCCAUCCUCAUAACUUGAUGUGUACAAAAUAUGCAAAUGUCACAAAUGCUCUUUGUCAUUUCAAAACACUUUAUCAAUAACUUACCAGUGGGUGGGAAAGGGUCAUUAUGUGAAAAUACGAAAAAAUAGCCAUAUUAAUUUUUUACCUGCAGUUUGCCUCAGCAAGAAAGAAAAAGUGAUUUUCUAAUGCUGAAGAUAAAGUAAGCUAAAGUGCCAGCAGAAGCCUUGGCUAUUUAUAGCAGUUCUGACAAUAGUUUUAUAAGAACAUGAAAAGAACAGAAUCACUUGAAAAUGGUUGCCAGUCAUCUCUUGUUCCCACUACUGAAUUCAUAUAAAGUGGUGGCAAGAUAGCAAAGGGAUAAUCUGAGAAUUUUUUAAAGAUGACUUAAUGAGAAGAAGCACAAUUUUGAUUGUGAUGAGUCACUUUCUGUAAACAAUCGCUGUCUAUCUUUACCCUUAUACCUUAUCUGUAAUUUACCAUUUAUUGUAUUUGCAAAGCUAGUGUGGUUUUGGGUUUUUAUCAUGGUAAAUCCUUUGUAUUCAGGAGUUUAGGGCAGAGCCCUGAGGGAAUGUUAUUUUACAUAACCCAUCCUAGAGUAACAUUUUAGGCAACAUUCUUCAUUGCAAGUAAAAGAACCAUAAGUGGCAUUUUACACAGCUUACAAGUAUUGUUAUAUCUAAUCCUAUUUUAGAAGAUGUUUUGGUAAUAUUAAGCUUAAAUACUGGUAAAACUGAUGCAAUAUACGCAAGCUGCACAACCUGUAUGCAUUGGUGCGUGGAAGGCUGUUCAUUUCAACCUUUUUUAAAAUUGUGUUUUUUAGUAAAAUGGCUUAUUUUUUCCCAAAGGUGGAAUUUAGCAUUUUGUAAUGAUGAAUAUAAAAAUACCUGUCAUCCUCAGAUCAUUUUAAGGUUAACUAAGGUGAAAAUUUAAAAAAAUUCCAAUACACUUUCCAAUACACUUUUUAGAAAAAUGUCUGCCCUCUCACACUUUUAU